AUGUCUCCUCCUAACCUCGAAACACAGCCUGAAUCUGAAUUUACCUGUCGUCCAUCUGCUGUAACUAAUGGAAUGACAAAAAUUAAUAAUAACGAAACUAUUAAAUUCGAACGCGACUAUAUACCUCCUAAUUUCACCAUUAAAGAAAUUCGUGCUGCAAUUCCACCUCAUUGUUUUGAAAGAAAUGCGUUAAAAUCGGCAAGCUAUAUUGUAAAGGACCUUGCUGUAAUUGCUAUUCUCGUUUACGCUGCAACCUUUAUAGACACGUAUCUUCCUACGUUAUUGCGUUAUGUCGCGUGGUUGACAUAUUGGUUCUUUUGUGGAGCUUUUGCAACUGGAGUAUGGGUAUUAGCACAUGAAUGUGGUCAUCAAGCAUUUUCAACUUCAAGUACUCUUAAUAACACAGUUGGUUUCAUACUGCACACAGCUUUAUUGGUUCCAUAUCACUCUUGGAGAAUUACUCACUCUAAACAUCAUAAACAUACUUCUCUCAUGCAUAAAGAUCAAGUAUUUGUUCCCAAGACUCGAUCAAAAGUUGAAAAAAAGAUAAAACAUGAGACUGAUUUUAAAGAUGCACCAAUAAUUACACUUUUAAAUUUGAUUGGACAACAAUUGUUUGGGUGGCCACUUUAUCUUACUUUAAAUUUUUCGGGACAAACUUAUGAUAAAGGAAUUUGGGCAAAUCACUUUAAUCCAAAAUCUCCAUUCUUCGAUUCUAAAAAUUAUUAUGAUAUCAUAAUUUCUAACAUUGGAAUGAUAGUUGCUCUCUCCACUCUUUCUUAUUUUGUAUAUACUUAUUCAUUCAUAAUUGUAGCAAAGUAUUAUUUGAUUCCAUAUUUAAUUGUAAAUCAUUGGCUUGUUUUAAUAACUUAUCUUCAACAUACUGAUCCAAAAGUACCUCAUUAUCGCGAAGGACAAUGGGAUUUCAUACGUGGAGCAGCUUGUACAGUUGAUCGACACAUGGGUUUUCUUGAUGCAAUUUUCCACAGAAUCACUUCUACCCAUGUAGCACAUCAUUAUUUUAGUACCAUGCCUCAUUAUCACGCCGAAGAAGCAACUAAACAUCUCACAAAAGUUCUUGGUUCUUAUUACUUAUUUGAUGAUACUCCAAUUUUCAAAGCUUUAUGGAGAAAUUAUAAUGAAUGUCACUACAUUGAAGAUGAAGGAGACGUGGUUUUUUAUAAAAGUUUUAAAGCUUAG